UAUAAAAUGAUUGUUACUAAGAACCGUCAUAUAAUCAUUACGAAACAAACUGUCAUCUGUUAAGUACCGGCAAAUAUUCUUCCCGCGUAAACAAUCUUUUAUCUUUAAAGAGACUAUUAUUGUUUGUCAGUUUUAUUAAUUGUCGAAGAUGAAAUUCAGAUGUAGAAUGGUUGAUGUAGUUGCAAUGAGAGAUUUUACCAACAUUGUUAACAUUAUCUCUCGAAUAACAAAAAAAUGUACCUUGCGUAUAUCCCCGAACGAAUUGUGCUUCGGUGUCAGCGGCGAUCGAACGUCGAUGGUCUGGGCGGAAUUAAGCCAGGCUCAUUUUUUUAUCGAAUACACGAUGAACGGUGUCACCGAGGAGCAGAAUGAAAUUUACUUGGAAUUUGAUCCAUCUAUGCUGGCUAGAUCUCUCGGUUCGUUACGGAUGACCGCGAAAAGCGUGAAAAUGAAACUAACGAACAAGCGACAACCAUGUCUCACGUUGGAAAUCGAAUUAGCUUCGUUAAGCAUAGAAUCGAGGCAAUGCUUGCACGAUGUACCCGUCAGAGUCAUACCUCGACGAGAAUGGCCCGAGCACCAAGCUCCAAAUAUUCCGGAAUUUGAUAUCUCAGUCGACAUGCCUCAACUCAAACAAGUAAAACAUAUCGUAGAGCGGAUGAAGAAUAUGAGCUCACAAUUAGUAUUAAGCGCCGAUAAGAACGGAUUGUUCGUGUUGGAAGUGGAAACGGACAGUGCCACGGUAUCGACGAAUUUCCAAAAUUUGCAAGUCUGGAGUUGUAGUCAACAGGACCGAGAAGAGAAAGUUUCAGUUACUAUUGACAUUAAGACGUUCUGUAUGUUCAUGGCAUGGGAUGUAGUGCAUCCCGAUGGUGUGAAAUGUAACAUACUUCAAGACAAAAUGAUUAAUUUGUUUUUACAUUUAGCGGAUCAUCUUAAAAUACAUUACUUCCUUCCUUCGAUAGCCGUAUGA